CGCAGAAACGCGCAGAUACCCCCAAUCGCCGCCGCCUCCUCGACUCUUCGCCGCUCCGCUCCCCUCCCCCCGCGACCUCGCUGCCGGCUUCGCCAAAUCGCCGCCUCCCCGACUCUCGCCGCUCCCGCCGGCUCCAUCCCGCCCGCGAGUCGCCGCCGGCUUCGGGUCGCCCCGCUCCCCUCCAUGGCUGGGAGACACACCAUUAUCCUGAUGCAACCAUCCCAAAAUAGGGCUUCUAGGACAUUUAUGGAUUAUAAUUCAAUUAACCAUGCAUUGGAUGGAAUCUGUGGGCUUUAUGAAAGGAAAAUUAGGGAUAUCAACCCCAUGGCCCCCAUAACCUAUGAUAUCAGUGACCUUUAUAAUUUCAUUGAUGGCCUAGCUGACAUAAGUGCACUGGUUUAUGAUCACUCAAUUCAGGCAUUUCUGCCAUAUGAUCGACAGUGGAUCAAGCAAAAGUUGCUCCAACACCUGAAGAAGCUGGCUCAGCGGUAGCAUGACUGUUUGUUUGCUCCGGUGCCUUGUCACCAACAAGCAAGCAUGUGUGGUGAUGGGUGUCCAGUGAGUGUAUCGGGCGGUGUUUCUUGUAAAAUUAUGAAAUGUUACACUUACAUUGCAGAUUGCACCCUUGUGCUGUGGAUGUUGGACUCGGUUAUUAGCGGAUUGCCUGUGGCACCCUAUAUAUUUGAUAAACUUGUCUGGUUGUUUUUGAGUGUUGUGAAUCAGAGAACCCUCUCGCUGUAGAUAAUUUCCAUCUAUUAUUGUUCUG